AUGUCUGAACACCAGCAACAGCACAAAGCCCCCAUCACCAUUGACACCACCAGGACAACCACCACCUCCUGGGACCCCAACGCCAUGACGCACGGAAUUACCACCACCCACAGCGAACAACAACAACAACCGGUCCGACAUCGCAACUCGGAAACCGUAACUCCCACAUUCACCAACUUUAGUCCCGUCUCGGCUGAUUCGCCUCCCACCUCUCCGGCAGACCGUCGGAUGAGUGCCGAAUGGGACGCCUCAAAAGUACCACCAAGCCGCUUCCAAAAGCGCAAGGGAUCCAUUUACGCCGUGCCCAAGACACGAGACGGCCAUGUUGACACGAACUACGCCCAUGCCUUCCAUCAGAAACACAUGGAAAAGGGAUAUCACAAUGUGAAGUAA